UGAACAAAGAAGCCAAAACUUAUUUCAUGGCUUUCCCAAAUUUGUCGAUUAUUUUCUUUCACUUAAUACUAAUUCCCAUUACCUUCUCCCAAACUCCUAAACCGCCUUUAUCAUCACCUGCAUUAUCAUCUUCACCAAUCUCCUUCUCCACCCGUGUGCACCAUAGACGUCGAUACAUCAACCGAGAACCAUCAAACAUUUCUACAUUCUCCCCCUCGAAAAUCUACUCGGAUGCGCGCGCACUCAACCUACGAGCACUUGCUAGUGAUGCCGGUGGGAAUAGGUCGCAACAACAGUAUUACACCUAUGCUCAAAACCGAGCUCAUAAUUGACACAGGAAGCAGCCUCACAUGGGUCCAAUCUCUUCCUUGUGAAUCCUGCUAUAAACAAGGAGAUCAAUUCCCUUACUAUAACCGCUUUGCUUCUGAAACCUAUGAAGCAGUCCGUUGUAUUGAUGUAAUGUGUAGAGGUCUCCCUCUCGCUAAUCACACCGAAUGUAGCGACUUAGCCUGGGACUCAAAGGAGCCUUGCUCAUAUAGUGUUCUAUAUGGUGAUGGAACUACAACAAGUGGUGUUAUUGGCACUGACAAGUUUUACUUUCAGGACCCAUAUGGGCUCGGAUAUCAGUCUGUCAUGUCUAUGCCUUUUGGGGUUGGAACAUCUAACCAUAUCCCUGACAGACUUACAUUAAGUACUCCAGGAGUUACAGGUCUCAUGCGUGGUUACGGAACCUUGCUAGAAAAACUAGCGGUGAAGAAAUUCUCUCAUUGCUUCCCCCGCGAUGAACACGAUACCGGAUCACUGAGCUUUGGCGAAAAGGCCAAGAUCAUUGGUGCCAAAGUUGACUUAAUUAAGUCCAGAUCCUACGUGGCUCGCUUAACAAAUGUGUAUGUCUCAGGUAAGUUUAUUUCAAUGGGAAUAAAUGAUGUCUUGCCAACUGAAAUGUUAUUCGACACAGGAAGUACUACGAGUAUGCUUGACCCGAAAAUAAUGGACGCGGUUGUGGAAGCCAUUAAAAGACCUCUUAUAAAAUUCCAACCUAAACAAGUUGAUGACUUUGAGCUUUGCUAUGACUUGAUAGAACUAUGUUCUAUUAACUUGGAUGAGGUUGCCAAGGUCACUUUCGAGUUCAAUUAUGCUACCGAUAUUGAUCUGCUUUCUUUAAAUCUUUGGAAAUCAAAUAGAAAGAAUAAUUCCACUUGUUUAGGAAUUCAUAGAGGACCUCCGGAUCUAAAUGUAUUUGGUAACAAUCUAAUGAGAGAUAUAAAUAUAGGAUAUACUCUAGAUGAAGAUGAUUUAGCUAUGUAUUUUCAUCGCCAGCAUUGUAAGAGGUGAAGUCUUUGAAGAGUGAAAUUGCAUUCUGAUGAAUAAUGGGGACUCAGGCAGGAAACAACCAUAUGAAAACCAAUUGUGCAAUACAUAAACUGACAUUGAUUCUGAUUUACA